AGCGAGUUGCUGACAUUUGCCUGGAGCACAAGCAAGCGUAGAUGAGAAAAUUGUGUGAGGCCUGUGCCCAGAAGUGCCUUCCGAUUCAGAGAAAGAGAAAAAAAUCGUCAAAUGUACCUUCUUCCUUCUUCAAGGUCAUGAUUGGCCCCGAUUUUUCUCAAGUUUUGUAUCUGCCUCCUAAAUUUGGUCGCACAGCGUCAACCCUGGUUGACGAAGAAGCCAUUGUUGAGGAUUCGAGUGGACAACGAUGGACGGUACAAAUAUCAGUUGUGGAUAAUUCUUAUGCUUUUCACGAGGGAUGGAAUGCUUUUUCGUUGGAUCAUGGGCUUGAAGUUGGACACUUUUUGGUGUUCCAUUACAUGGGAAGAUCACACUUUGUUGUUGAGAUUUUUGAUAAAUCUGGGUGUGAAAAGGUUGAUUUUCCCGGGCGGAGGGAAGCAGAAGAAGAGAAAAAAGAUCAGAAUUGA